UACGUCAUUUUCCACCUGUCACUCAGGAAAUUGUCAAGCGCGGAAUUUUCCAGGCGCGCGGUGCAUGCCGGGAAGGUCAGACGAGACGCAGCACGAACCGGCAAGAUGUCGGCGUCUUUCAUGGCUCAGAUGUUGGACGAGCUGAUGGGGCGAGAUCGCAACCUUGCGCCCAACGAGAAGAAAGAAGACAUACACUGGAGCGACGAGAAGGUCUGUAAACACUUCCUAUGCAGUUUCUGUCCAUCCGAGUUGUUCACCAACACCCGCUCAGACCUGGGGCCUUGUGACAAGAUUCAUGAUGACGGACUCAGAGAUGGGUACAGAAAGAGUUCUCGGUUCCAGCGGAUGGGGUACGAGGAAGACUUCCUGCGCUACCUGCAGAGCUGCAUGGCGGACGUGGAGCGGCGCAUCAGGAGGGGCCACGCCCGCCUCGCGCUCAGCGAACAGCAGGCUCAAGUCGCUGGCGGUGGAGGAAUUGUAAAGAAUGAAGAGAAGAUCCUGAUGCUGACAGACAGAAUCGAUGGACUCUUGGAACAGGUGGAACAGCUGGGGUGUGAAGGGAAGGUGGAGGAGGCACAGGGAGUCAUGAAGCUGUGUGAUCAGCUCAAGGAGGAGAGGGAACAGCUACGACAGGCUAACAAAUCCAGCAUCGACAGUAUGACAGCCCAGGAGAAGCAGAUGGAAGUGUGUGAGACAUGUGGAGCCUUUCUCAUCGUGGGGGAUGCCCAGUCUCGAGUGGACGACCAUCUCAUGGGCAAACAACACAUGGGCUACGCCAAGAUCAAGGCAACCAUCGAAGAAUUAAAAGCUAAAACUGUUAGGGGAGUACCAGUAGAUCCAGAGAGGGAAGAAAAACGACAGAAGGAGAGAGAGGACCGUGAAAAAGAGCUUGAAAAGGAGAGAGAAGAACGAGAGAAGGAACGGGAGAGGAGACGUAAGGAGAGGGAAGAGAAGGAGAAAGAGUUGGAGAAGGAGAGAGAGAGAGAAAGGGAGGAAAGAAGGAAGAAACGCAGCCGAUCCCGCUCCAAGGGUCGUAGGUCAGGGUCAGGGAGCAGAAGGUCACGGUCGCGGGAACGCUCCAAGCGCAGCCGGCGAUCACGCAGCAAAGAGAGGUCUGGACGUCACCGCAGUAGAAGCCGUAGCAAGGACAGGGAAAGGAAGCGUCGCUCCCGUAGUCAGGAUCGCAAGGACCGCGACAGAAAGCGCGAGCGCCGUUCCAGGAGUAGAGACCGCAAGCGCCGGAGCCGGGAUCGCAGCCGGAGCCGCCACCGGUCACGCAGCCAUGAUCGGGAGGGGGGCAGGAGCAGUAAAGACAAGGACAGAAGCAGCAGGGAUAAGGACAGGAGGAGCCGAGACAAGAGCAGGGACAAGGACAGACACAGCUCACAGGAGGAGGAGGAGGGUGUCCACCAGGCUAAAGAGGAUGAUGCUAAUGAUGUACAAGAGAGUGCCGACCCUCAGGGGUCCAUGGACCAGGAGGAUGGGGACAUUCAUGCUAAAGAGGCGAGCAGUGAGGAGGCCAUGGACGCCAACUCUGCUGAUGAUAACGACGGGGACAGCAAGGCCUCAAAUGAAGGUGACACUCACCCUGAUAACUGAGACCCCUCAGUUCUCAUUCGGUGAGUGUUUACGGUCCUUUUUGGUGCUAAUUUCAUUUUUUAUUUACUACAACAAACAAACAAACAAACAACAACAAGCCUAUCUCAGCCAACAGUGUGUAAAUGGGACAGUAAGUAUGCUUGAAUGUGCCGACUCUUUGCAUCCAGGAAAUCCUUUACAGGAGUACAGGGAUCGCGCGGAGGCCGGAGACACGCCGCGGUGGUACCGACACUUCUCCUACACUGCUCCCAGUACAGAAAUGAGAAGUGGCAAAUAGGAGAGGUACCCCUUGUGCAUGCUGUCUGUCUGCUAGCUUGUUACUGUCAUUUUUUCUUCUGGUGCUUGUACUUUUAGAGAAAGCCCAGUACAAACGUGCAUGUGCAGUGAUCUCUCUUGUGGGCUCACGCCUGUAGUGUUGAACUCUUGGUACCCAGUACCACCAUUACAUGCCACCCCCCCUCCACAUUGCAUUGGUUCAACAGCAUCAACGUUUGCCUUGCACAGAAAUUCUGCACUCCUAGUGGGCUGUCCAGGGCUCAUGACUAAGGCUUUGGCUUUAUUUUGUAAAGACUGAAGUUGAUUGCCUGCAAAUUUUGUUGAAUUAUAGAGAGGAAGAUUCUGAGCCCUGUGCAUCAUUCCUUGCAGAGUCAUAUUUUGAAGUUCCCAAAUAAAUCUAUUAUUGAACAGAUGAAUAUUCCUCUCCAUAUAUGUCAAAAUGUUUGUGCCUGUAUUGCCACCAUUUUCACUUACACUGCAACUUGCAUAGAACUCACCUCACUGCAGCCCUCGCAUUGCCCAUUUCAACAGUGUAUGCCCAUUCCAACCCACAUCUAAAACAUAUCAAUUCUUAGGCCAAUGUGUAAAGCUCUAAAGCUUCACGUUCUGUUUGUAUCUAUGUAUGAUGCCUGCAUCAGUGCACAUGCAUUCGCCAUGCUUUAACAUGCCAGAACAGUCACUGCCCACCCAUUUUGUAGUGGCUCAUGCCUCAUUCUCUCGUGUUUCAUUUUUGAGACGUGAAACGGCUGGAUCAACAACUGAAGAUGCAAUUGUCAUUGAAAAUGCCACCUGAUGCUAGUGCUAGUUGGUCAAAUGCUGGGUUAUAAGGUGAUGUGAACAAUCACACUGUAAGUGUAAGGGGGGAAGUCUUGGUUGGAAUCUAUGUGUACUAGAUGUACUACUACUACUACUACUAGACAAUUGCAUGUAUUUUCUAUGGACAGAGACAAGAAGUGUUACAAGGGGGCAAAUACAUGUACAGUAUAAAGAUGUACAGGAGAUGUUGCAUUAUCCUUAGGAUUGGGUAAUGACAAUUACUCUAAGAACACUUCUCUUUCAGCAUCAGCAUUGUAACUUUUUCAUUCCUCUUGCUUGACUACUAAAAGCGUGAAUUGAAAUCCUUGCGAACUAGAGUCCAUGUCCCAUAUGAGGAGGCUCGAUGCCUUAGAGCGCCCUUCGAUUCGGAGAACCAGGAAGGGUAGUAGUAACAAAGUCUCAAAAUGCCAGUAUACUCAGGUAAUGCAGAAAGGUACACUUUACUGUAUUAUUUUCUUCUUUGUGAUUAUUGCUCCUAUGUUGUCUACCCUCCAACAUAGUGUAGAUAUUCACAGACCACUUGCUCAUGUAGGCUAAAAAUCGGAUGUUUUUGUCACGGCGAGAUUGUCGCAGCGUUCCAGCAUUCAUACAUGUAACAGAAUGAAGCCAUGGAUGUGCAGCAUUUUUUUGUCACCAGUUCUUGUGCUCAAAAUUGGUGAUUGGGUUAAACUGUCUGUACAUGUAUGUGCAACAGAUGAGUUCUCAUAGAAUUCUGUAGUGUCAGUUCAACAGAAGGACCUGGACUUUGAAAGAAUUCAGAAUUCUACAUUUCUGUCUAAAGACAGGCGACAGUCAACAACUUGCUUGUUUAUGCGUUGAUAAAGCUUGUGGAUUAUCAUUAUGUUAACUAGAUAUGUGAUGUAUACAUUUGCAACUGUAUUGUAGUUUUUCCAUUUGAAAGAUUUGUAAUUCAAUAUUGUGAUACCCUUUACUGGUUUUGAAAUUCUACAUUGAUUUCUUAAUUUUGCAACUUAGUCUUCCCUCUGAGGUCUAACUGUUUGACCAUUUUGAAAUCUCAUAUUGUACUGUAGUUAAACUCAUCAAGACCAAGAAGAAGAGUACUAUCAAUUGGACCUUGGACAAAAGACUAUGUAAAUGUGCAUGUAGGUAUUUCUGCUAGAGAUUUACUGCAAUGUGUACGUCUCUCACUGUGUUGUUUCAUGUUUCAAUACAGAUGGGAGCCAGCCUAGCUGAGGGAAACUUCAACGUAGUCAUCCGAACCACAUCACACCACAAGACUGACAUCAUAGCCCAACUACAAAUCACCGAUUGUGCAAAGGUGAUCUUUUUGAGUAAUUAUCAGUUCUUGUCAAACUCAACAUAAUAAUAAGCAGGAGUGUCCAUCAAUUGUUAAAUGCAGUUUUAAUGCAUCGGGGAUAUGACUACCUAGUAUAGCAUACUUACAUCUUUGUUCUCAUCAUGUAUAGGCAGUUCAGUGGGAAUAGAGGAAGGGUUUUUAUUCGUAACACUCAUAACAAUCAUAAAUGUAGUUUCAAAGCAGAAAUCAUUCCUUAUAAAGCUACAUGUACUUAACGGAAGUAAGGGUAACUUUUAGGGGUUAGGCACUGUUGCUUUCAUUGUAGGUUGAAAUUGGCAAAUGAACAAAGGUCUCUAGCUGUUGAUGGUACUGUGUAGUAAAGGAAAACUGAUAGACUUUAAGGGACAUUUGAUUGUCCAGGCUGCUUAGAUCUGCAGCCAUGUUGUAUUUUUUUACAGGUGAUGUUUAUUUAGGAAUACCUGCGUACAUGUAUAGCCAGUGCUGCAUAUUGAAGUUGGCGUGUGCGCCAAAUGUCAGACAAAAUUCCUGUAAUGCUUAAGAAGUGAUUUUUGAGUUCACAAAGCUUCCAGCCUGUACAUGUUAGAAAAUUGAUGUGAGGCCGCGGAAAAGGGAUAGUCUUAUCAUUAGAAGUUGUCUUGAAUGUGCAAAAGUCAGCAAGGGAACAGCAUCAGCUUUAGCCAAGUGUAGCAACAUAACCCAUAACAGCAAAACUACGACGUACAUUGUUGAUCCAGAAAGUCAACGAAUCCAGACCAAACCUUACACAAGCAUGAUGAAGUAGUAACAAAAACGCAUGAAGUUUGAUGCCAGUUUUGAGUGAAUUUGAUUCCAUAUUUCUUGAGAGAAUAAAGUACUUUUUCCAUCA